AUGGAUUUAUCUCCCAAACCCAAACAAACAACUACAAACUACUCUCCCGUCGCCGGAGAACUAACCGUCGCCGGAGAAAUGGGUGUUUCUUACAAAGAGUGUCUGAAAAACCACGCAGCUAACCUCGGCGGUCACGCGCUCGACGGUUGCGGCGAGUUUAUGCCGAGCAACACCGCAACUCCUACCGAUCCUUCCUCUCUCCGGUGCGCCGCUUGUGGCUGCCACCGUAACUUCCACCGCCGUGACCCUUCCGACCAUCUCAGCUUCCUCCCUGCGCCGCCGUUUUCAUCUCCUUCCGGCACGGAAUCUCCGCCGUCUCCGUCGCUUCACCACGUGGCUUCACCUGUUCCUUGCUCUUACUACACUUCAGCUCCACCACAUCACGUGCUUCUCUCUCUCAGCUCCGGUUUCCCUGGACCGACUUCAGAUCAAGAUCCGACGACUGGUGUAAGAUCGGAGAACAGCUCAAAAGGAGCAAUGAGGAAACGUACGAGGACUAAGUUCACACCGGAGCAGAAGAUGAAGAUGAGAUCUUUCGCCGAGAAAGCUGGUUGGAAAAUCAACGGUUGUGAUGAAAAGUCGGUGAGAGAUUUCUGUAACGAGAUUGGGAUUGAGAGAGGUGUUCUUAAAGUGUGGAUGCAUAAUAAUAAGUAUUCACUUCUUAAUGGAAAGAACAGAGAGAUCUCGAAUCGUCUUUGUCUCAACACUCACAACUGCAACAACGGAGGAGACAACGUUGAUGGGUCUUCGUCUUCUUGA